GCUUUUGCUGUACAGUGCUGGAUGAGCAGUCAAUGGAAGAGAAGAAUCCUCCUCGAGUGGCUCAUGUCAAUGUCGAUCGAGUGCCGUGCCCGACCCGACCGACAGCGCCGAUCCAUCCAUCUCCUACCGCGACAGGAGCGCUUGACAGGAGUAUUUCUCUGCUCGAUGUGAAUGGGUCGUUUUCCAACGGCCCUAAUGUUGCUCGAUGGUGCCUUAUCGCCCUUACUCGGUUCUAUGUUGCCAAGGUCACGAUUGAUGGGGCAGAAAUGCCUUUCUUUUCGUGCGGAUAUUCUUCCCAACGGGCGUUCGGUUGAUCGUCACGGCUAGCUUUGAAAUCGUCCCGGCCGUGAUUGCAAUGGGUGUCAGUCAGACCCGACAAGAAAAGAUCUUGAUCGUUUGCCGGUGAUUCUGAGACUGGCAGCCUGGUCGACUCAUUCUCAUGAGGGGUUUAUCUACUCUCAACUUCGGCAAUACGCUGUUGAAUCUGCUAACCGCAAAUGGCGAAUCCUGUUCGUAUUGAUAAUAACUAAUGCUGAGUAACUAGAUGGUGAGUGUAACUCUGGGCGGAGCAAUGCAGAGUCAAUCUCAUCAAUCUCUUUUUUUUUUUUUUUUUUU